GACCGAAAAAAAAAAACAACAACGACGAUACAACAUGUUUGCUGUGCAGCAGAAUCAGCUUCGGCGAAUAAUUCUUCGAUCUUGGAAAACGUGCGUUGGGGGACCGACCGCUAAGUCUUAGCUUAGAACCUCUCGUGACUGCGUAUAAAAGAGAAUUGCGCGCCUAGAUUUAGCAACAGUUCUUAGCCGAAAGUGACUUAGUGAUAACCCCGUGAGAAACAGACGAAACCGCGAUCGAAAUGGCCUUCAAGUUUGUCAUCCUGGCCGCCGCCCUGGUUGCGUGCGUUGCUGCCGCCGGCCCAGCCGCCUACUCGAUUGCCGCCCCCAGCGCGGAUUACCACUCGGUCGGAGCAAGCCAUGAGCACACCGUCAAGGGACUGUACGGCCAAAAUGUCCUCUCGCAGUACUCCAAGGCCGUGGAUUCGGCCCAUUCGUCGGUCCGCGUGCACAACUCUCGGCUGACCAACGACGGAUACGCUUAUGCCGCCCCAGCCAUCCGUUAUGCUGCCCCAGCUCUCGCCCACCCUGCCGUGCAUUACGCCGCCCCAGCUGUCCACUACCCAGCCGCCCCUGUCGUUAAGGCCGCCUAUCCCGCCUACGGACACGCCGCUGCUUACGGACAUGCCGCUGCUUACGGUCACGCUGCCUACCCUGCCUACGGCCAUGCCGCUUACCCAGCCGCCUAUGGACACCCAUUGGUCCGCCCUGCCAUCGCCGCCCCUCUGGCUUACAAGGCUCCACUGGCCGCUGCCCCAAUUGCCCAUCCCGGAUCCGUCGUCCAGUUUGCCGGCCUUGGUGCCCAUUACGCUUGGUAAUCGAUUUCAACCUCCACGAAGAACCACCGCGCCGCGCCCUUAGACCGAUUUCACCGCUCUUCAGAAUCGAACAAACACACACCAGAAGUACACACAGUCAAGGAACCGGGGUCACUCAAACGAGAGCCACCCCACUAAUAUUAAUUGUACAUACUGCCCAACGCAGACGACGAGGCUAGGUUAAGCAUGGAAUAACCGCAAAACGGACUGAGAUUUUCCCUCCGUGCCUCGCACGGAUCCGGGGAAAAUCCUCUAGUUUAGAGCACAUAGGGAAUUGUCUUACUUUUCCGCUAUUCUUUGCACGGAAACUCCACUUUUGGGAGGCGAAACAAUAGCACUUUGCCAGCAAAGUGAAAGAGUGCGCUUUCUCCUGCACAGAAAGGUUGUAAAUAUUUAUUUAUACACCCCCUCCCCCCUCUGGACUCAACUCCCUCUAUGUUUCAAACUUUGUACCAACAGAAGAGAAUAGGAUAAGUUCAAUAGAAAAUUGCUAUAAAAAUAAAUGAAGAAAAAAAUUCA